GCAUCACUGUGGACAAGUUCGGGCUGAUCUACUUUGUGGACGGCACUAUGAUCAGGCGGAUUGAUCAGAAUGGGAUCAUCUCAACCGUGUUGGGUUCCAAUGACUUGACAUCUGCUCGGCCUCUCAGCUGUGAUUCGGUCAUGGACAUUUCUCAGGUUCGCCUAGAGUGGCCCACAGAUUUGGCAGUCAACCCCAUGGAUAAUUCGCUCUACGUGCUCGACAAUAACGUCGUGCUGCAGAUAUCUGAGAAUCACCAAGUGCGCAUAGUGGCGGGGAGGCCCAUGCAUUGCCAAGUGCCAGGCAUGGAUCACUUCCUCCUCAGCAAGGUGGCAAUCCAUGCCACCUUGGAGUCUGCUACUGCCCUGGCCGUCUCCCAUAACGGGGUCCUGUACAUUGCUGAAACAGAUGAGAAAAAGAUCAACCGCAUCAGGCAGGUCACCACCAACGGAGAGAUUUCUCUUGUUGCCGGUGCACCGAGCAGCUGUGACUGCAAGAAUGAUGCUAACUGUGACUGCUUCUCUGGGGACGAUGGCUAUGCCAAGGAUGCCAAGCUCAACGCGCCAUCCUCCCUUGCAGUGUGUGCAGAUGGGGAGCUGUAUGUCGCUGAUCUCGGAAAUAUCCGAAUCCGCUUUAUUCGGAAAAACAAACCAUUCCUCAACACCCAAAAUCUGUACGAGUUAUCCUCACCCAUAGACCAGGAACUCUACUUGUUUGAUACCAGUGGUAAACACCUUUAUACUCAGAGCCUUACCACUGGAGAUUAUCUUUACAAUUUUACCUAUUCUGGAGACGGAGAUAUCACUCUGAUCACCGACAACAAUGGCAACUUAGUCAACAUCCGAAGAGAUUCCACGGGGAUGCCUCUCUGGCUCGUAGUGCCAGAUGGCCAAGUCUACUGGGUGACCAUUGGCACCAACAGUGCUCUCAAGAGCGUAACAACACAGGGGCAUGAAGUGGCUAUGAUGACGUACCACGGCAACUCGGGUCUUCUUGCCACCAAAAGCAAUGAAAAUGGGUGGACAACGUUUUACGAAUAUGACAGCUUUGGCCGUCUGACCAACGUGACCUUCCCGACCGGCCAAGUGAGCAGCUUCCGCAGUGACACCGACAGCUCCGUGCAUGUCCAGGUAGAAACCUCCAGCAAGGAUGAUGUUACCAUAACGACCAACUUGUCAGCAUCAGGAGCCUUCUACACCCUGCUGCAAGACCAAGUCCGAAACAGCUACUACAUUGGUGCCGAUGGCUCGCUCAGACUGAUGCUCGCUAAUGGCAUGGAGGUGGCCCUGCAAACCGAGCCACAUCUGCUGGCGGGCACGGUUAACCCCACCGUGGGGAAGAGGAACGUGACGCUGCCCAUCGACAACGGCCUCAACCUGGUGGAGUGGAGACAGAGGAAGGAGCAAGCGAGGGGGCAGGUCACUGUCUUCGGACGUCGGCUGAGGGUUCACAAUAGAAACCUACUGUCCCUUGAUUUUGAUCGUGUGACCAGAACAGAGAAAAUCUACGAUGACCACCGCAAGUUCACACUUCGCAUCCUCUAUGACCAGGCAGGGAGGCCCAGCCUUUGGUCACCCAGUAGCAGACUGAAUGGUGUCAACGUGACCUAUUCCCCAGGAGGACACAUUGCUGGGAUUCAAAGGGGCACAAUGUCGGAAAGGAUGGAGUAUGAUCAGUCUGGCAGAAUUGUAUCCAGGAUCUUUGCUGAUGGGAAAUCAUGGAGCUACACUUACUUGGAAAAGUCCAUGGUGCUGCUCCUUCACAGCCAGCGACAGUACAUCUUCGAGUUUGAUAAGAAUGACCGUUUGUCAUCGGUGACCAUGCCCAACGUUGCCCGGCAGACUUUGGAAACCAUUCGUUCCAUUGGCUACUACAGGAACAUCUACCGGCCUCCAGAAGGCAACGCCUCCGUAAUUCAGGAUUUCACAGAGGAUGAGCAACUCCUCCACACUUUGUACUUGGGGACAGGGAGACGUGUCAUCUACAAGUAUGGAAAGUUGUCCAAGUUGGCUGAGAUGCUCUAUGACACCACGAAGAUCAGUUUCACCUAUGACGAGACUGCUGGCAUGCUAAAAACAAUAAACCUGCAGAAUGAAGGGUUCACGUGUACAAUCAGAUACAGGCAGAUAGGACCCCUUAUUGACAGGCAGAUUUUCCGUUUCACUGAGGAGGGCAUGGUAAAUGCACGGUUUGAUUAUAAUUACGAUAACAGCUUUCGGGUGACGAGCAUGCAAGCCGUGAUCAACGAGACACCUUUACCCAUUGACCUCUACAGGUACGAUGAUGUGUCAGGCAAAACUGAGCAAUUCGGUAAAUUUGGUGUCAUUUACUAUGAUAUCAACCAGAUUAUUACCACAGCUGUCAUGACUCACACUAAACAUUUUGAUGCCUAUGGCAGGAUGAAGGAGGUCCAGUAUGAGAUAUUCCGGUCACUCAUGUACUGGAUGACUGUGCAGUAUGAUAACAUGGGGAGAGUUGUUAAGAAAGAGUUGAAGGUUGGCCCUUAUGCAAACACAACUAGAUAUUCGUAUGAGUAUGAUGCUGAUGGCCAGUUACAGACAGUGUCUAUUAAUGACAAGCCACUCUGGCGUUACAGCUAUGACCUAAAUGGAAAUCUCCAUUUGUUAAGUCCGGGGAAUAGUGCUCGCCUUACACCGCUCCGGUAUGACCUCAGAGACAGGAUUACAAGACUGGGAGAUGUGCAGUACAAAAUGGAUGAAGAUGGCUUCCUAAAGCAACGGGGCAAUGAUAUUUUUGAGUACAACUCAGCUGGCCUGCUCAUCAAAGCUUACAACAAAGCUAGUGGAUGGAGUGUGAAAUAUCGCUACGAUGGCCUAGGAAGGCGAGUCUCCAGCAAAACCAGCCAUGGCCAUCACCUGCAGUUCUUCUACGCAGACCUGACCAACCCAACCAAGGUCACCCAUUUAUACAAUCAUUCAAGCUCCGAGAUCACCUCCCUCUACUAUGACCUCCAAGGCCAUCUCUUUGCAAUGGAGCUCAGCAGCGGGGAUGAAUUCUACAUAGCCUGCGAUAACAUUGGAACCCCUUUGGCCGUCUUCAGUGGGACUGGCUUAAUGAUUAAGCAGAUCCUCUACACAGCUUAUGGGGAGAUCUAUAUGGACACCAAUCCCAACUUUCAGAUCAUCAUUGGCUACCAUGGAGGACUGUAUGACCCCCUCACGAAGCUGAUCCACAUGGGACGGAGAGACUAUGACGUUUUAGCAGGUCGAUGGACAAGUCCAGACCACGAUAUGUGGAAGCAUCUGAGUAGCAAUAACAUUAUGCCCUUCAACCUGUAUAUGUUCAAAAACAACAAUCCUAUUAGCAACUCUCAGGAUAUCAAGUGUUACAUGACAGAUGUCAACAGUUGGCUGCUCACCUUUGGGUUCCAGCUGCACAAUGUCAUCCCUGGAUACCCCAAGCCAGAUAUGGAUGCGAUGGAGCCGUCAUAUGAGCUUGUCCACACACAGAUGAAAACUCAAGAGUGGGACAAUAGCAAGUCAAUUUUGGGCGUUCAGUGUGAAGUGCAGAAGCAGCUUAAGGCCUUUGUCACUCUGGAGCGCUUUGAACGGAUCUACAGCUCCAGCAUUGCUGGGUGCCGGCAGGUCAAGAAGAACAAGAACUUUGCUGCUGGAGGCUCCAUCUUCGGCAAAGGCGUCAAGUUUGCCAUGAAGGACGGGCGAGUGGCCACGGACAUCAUCAGCGUGGCCAACGAGGACGGGCGCAGGAUCGCAGCCAUCCUGAACAAUGCCCAUUACCUGGAGAACUUGCACUUCACCAUCGAUGGCGUGGACACACACUACUUCAUUAAGCAAGGGCCAUCAGAAAGCGACUUGUCCAUCUUGGGCCUCAGCGGCGGGCGGAGGACCCUGGAGAAUGGCGUGAACGUCACGGUGUCCCAGAUCAACACAGUGCUAAAUGGAAGGACUAGACGUUACACGGACAUCCAGCUCCAGUACGGUGCGCUGUGUCUGAACACUCGCUACGGGACCACCUUGGACGAGGAGAAGACCCGCAUCCUGGAGCUGGCCCGGCAGCGUGCCGUGGCCCAAGCUUGGGCCCGGGAACAGCAGAGACUGCGGGAUGGGGAGGAGGGAAUUCGCUCAUGGACAGAAGGGGAGAAGCAGCAAGUGCUAAACACGGGCCGGGUGCAGGGCUACGACGGCUAUUUUGUGAUCUCAGUGGAGCAGUACCCAGAACUCUCAGACAGCGCCAACAACAUCCAUUUUAUGAGACAGAGCGAAAUGGGCAGAAGGUGACAGAGAGGGUCAAUAUGGUGACUUCUUGCCAAAGACAGCUACUCUUUUGUGGCCACUUACCUGACUGUGUUGUACUCAAUCCUUUUUCUAAACUGAACAAGGUGGGGGGAGGAAAAUAGAAAGUGAAAGAUUAAUACGGUUGCACUGUAACUCAUGCAACAUCCUUUUUUUUUCCUUUAAUUUGGCCUUCACGCUAUUUUUUUUAAUGAACAGAAGGUAUAUUUUGCCGUAGUGUGAUCACAGUGAAAUUUACUGUCUCUUGUCCUUUUUUUUUUUCCCCUUUGUGAGGAAUUUGAAGUGGGGAGUCGUCAACGUACGUCCUUAGGUGUGAAGUGCAAACUGGGUGUCUGUGCUAACUUGUGUCAUCCUAACCCUUUCUGAUUUGGGACAGGGACAGAUAGCCUUCCACCUGGAGAACAGGGAGCCCACAGCAUCCCGGAGAGCUCGUCCUGGGAAGAAAGGAAACAGAAGACAACACUGACUGCGCAUCUCCGAAAGUGACCGUCCGAAUCAUGUGCCUCAAAAGAGAACUUACAAGUAGUUUCCAUGUUUCACUUGGGACAUAAAGUGUUUUUGGGGGGCUCCUGCUGAGCAGAAGUAGAUUAUAGAGGCAAAGGAGCUGAGUAUAUUAACUUGCAAGAUGAUUCUCUUCCUUCCUGAACUGGAAUAAAAAAAGAAAAAAAACAGUCUUUUUUUUUCAUUAUGAGAGUAGAUAUUUUGGGGUUUAUUUUUGUGUGUGUGUGUGCGCAAAUCCUGGUUUUAGUUAAAAACCUAGCAAAAGCCAAGAAAGGGACUCCUGCUCUAUCGAGAAA